CUCUUUCCCUGCUCUCCUGAGGACCCUCUCACUCUCCAUCUCUCUCUUCCCACUCUUCCUCUCCCUCCUCCGAGCUUGAUUGCGCAGUCUCUCUCUCUCUCGCGUGCUGCUCUCUCUCUCUCUUUUUCCUCUGUUACACUUUACCCUCUUUCUCCAUUGCGCACAAGCUCUCCUUUUCUCCUCAUGUUCAUCGUUCCUCUCCAUCUUUUUUUUGCUGAUCCUUUUAAACAACUCUCUCUCCAUCCCUCUCUCCAUCCCUCUCUCUCCCUAUCAUCUUGAAGACAGUGUGGCUUCUAAACCCUAAGCCGCUGCCUGUCAGAGUGCUGCUCAGUUUAUGCGCUCGGUGCUCCUCUCCUCUCUCCUUUGUGCUACACUGUGUGCCGCACUGCACUGCUCUCCUCUCCUCUCUUCUCCUCUCUUCUCCACUUCUCCUGGAUACCCCCUCUCUCUCUCCAUCUCUCUCUCUCUUUCACACUCUCUCGCUCUCUCCAUUCUCUCCACCUCCAUCGCUCCUCCACUGCGUUAUUCCUCCGGCUCUUCCAUUGCGCACUGCUGUGCCGCUCCGCUCCUCUGCCUUCUCCUCCAUCCUUUCUCCUGUUUUUGGGAAACACGGGGCUUGUCGCCUACUUCUGUGUCCGCCACGCCGGGGAGGGCUCCGCGCUCCAGGUUCGAAGGAAGGUGGAAUCCGAUGGUUGCGCGGGGCGCUCCACGACCGACCGUGGGCGCGCAGACCCUUUGGAUCUUUUUGCGGGCUGACGCGGUGGAGGAGCGCGUGGGGAGCAGGAGGGUCCGGGGAGUGGGAGGUGAGUUGAGGGCUGCCCAGGUGUGAGCCUCUCGCUCUGUGUUUUUUUUGUUUUUUUUUGGUGGUACAUUUUUUUGGCGCGGUGCUAAUCAAGGUUUCCCUCGGCGCUGGCUGGCUGUCGUCGCUUGCCCGUUGGACGGUCAUGCGCUGGGACCGAGGCGCUUUCCGUUGGCUGGAGUCGGAGACCCCCUCCCCGCUUAGCGCGCCCCGCGUGGGGGCCGCGUGGAACCUGGCGCCGGGCGAAGACGUCGGGCACCAGGGGCCCCGCCGGGCACCGCCGGCACCAUGAACCAGCUGGACGCUCCGCGGCCCAUGAACUGGACCAUCAGGAAACUGUGCCACGCAGCCUUCCUGCCCUCAGUGCGACUGCUCAAGGCACAGAAAUCAUGGAUAGAGAGAGUGUUCAGCAAACGAGAAUGUGUUCAUAUCAUAGUGAGCGCCAAAGACCACCAUAGGUGCUAUUGCGGCCGUCUGAUAGGCCAGCAUGUGGGCCUGCCGCCGGGCAUCUCGUCCAGUCAGAACGACAAGGCGGAGCGCCUUGCCAAAAAUGACAGCCUAUCAGAGAAAUGGUCCAUCAGCAAGCACACACAGCUCAGCCCCACGGACGCCUUCGGCACCAUCGAGUUCCAGGGAGGGGGACACUCCAACAAAGCCAUGUACGUGCGGGUGUCUUACGACACCAAGCCAGACCUGCUGCUCCACCUCAUGACCAAGGAGUGGCAGCUGGAGCUCCCCAAGCUGCUCAUCUCCGUCCACGGGGGCCUCCAGAACUUCGAGCUGCAGCCCAAGCUCAAGCAGGUCUUCGGCAAGGGCCUCAUCAAGGCAGCGAUGACCACCGGAGCCUGGAUCUUCACUGGAGGGGUCAACACAGGAGUGAUACGCCAUGUGGGGGAUGCGCUGAAAGACCACGCCUCCAAGUCGAGGGGCAAGAUCUGUACCAUCGGCAUCGCUCCCUGGGGGAUAGUCGAGAACCAGGAGGAUCUAGUGGGGAAAGAUGUGGUGCGGCCGUACCAGACCAUGUCCAACCCCCUGAGCAAGCUGACAGUGCUCAACAGCCUCCACUCCCACUUCAUCCUGGCGGACAACGGCACCACGGGGAAGUACGGUGCCGAGGUGAAGCUAAGGCGGCAGCUGGAGAAGCACAUCUCCCUGCAGAAGAUCAACACGCGGAUCGGGCAGGGCGUGCCGGUGGUGGCCCUCAUCGUGGAGGGGGGCCCCAACGUGAUCUCCAUCGUGCUGGAGUACCUGCGGGACACGCCCCCGGUGCCCGUGGUGGUGUGCGAUGGCAGCGGCCGGGCCUCCGACAUCCUGGCCUUCGGACACAAGUACUCUGAGGAGGGAGGCAUAAUUAAUGAGUCUCUGAGAGACCAGUUGCUGGUGACCAUCCAGAAAACCUUCACCUACAGCCGGACGCAAGCACAGCACCUCUUCAUCAUCCUCAUGGAGUGUAUGAAGAAGAAGGAGCUGAUAACUGUUUUCAGAAUGGGGUCCGAUGGUCAUCAAGAUAUUGACCUUGCUAUCCUCACUGCACUGCUCAAAGGUGCUAAUGCAUCGGCCCCGGACCAGCUGAGUCUGGCUCUGGCCUGGAACCGGGUGGACAUCGCCCGCAGCCAGAUCUUCAUCUACGGGCAACAGUGGCCAGUGGGCUCCCUGGAGCAGUCCAUGCUGGAUGCCCUGGUGCUGGACAGAGUGGACUUUGUCAAGCUGCUGAUCGAGAACGGAGUCAGCAUGCACCGCUUCCUCACCCUGUCCCGCCUGGAGGAGCUAUACAACACGAGACACGGACCAUCCAACACCCUCUCCCACCUCGUCAGAGAUGUCAAAAAGCGAGAAUACCCAGGGUUCAGUUGGAUCUACUUCAAGGGAAACCUGCCCCCGGACUACCGCAUCAGCCUCAUCGACAUCGGCCUGGUGAUUGAAUACCUAAUGGGCGGAGCUUACCGCUGCAACUACACCAGGAAGAGGUUCAGGACUCUGUACCACAAUCUGUUUGGUCCCAAGAGACCCAAAGCCCUGAAACUGCUGGGGAUGGAGGACGACAUGCCGAUACGCCGCGGCCGGCAGAAGACCACCCGCAAGCGGGAGGAGGAGGUGGACAUCGACCUGGACGACCCGGAGAUCAACCACUUCCCCUUCCCCUUCCACGAGCUCAUGGUGUGGGCCGUGCUCAUGAAGCGCCAGAAGAUGGCGCUCUUCUUCUGGCAGCACGGCGAGGAGGCCAUGGCCAAGGCCCUGGUGGCCUGCAAGCUGUGCAAAGCCAUGGCCCACGAGGCGUCGGAGAACGACAUGGUGGACGACAUCUCCCAGGAGCUCAACCAUAACUCCAGAGAGUUCGCCCAGCUGGCCGUGGAGCUUCUGGACCAGUCCUACAAGCAGGACGAGCAGAUGGCCAUGAAGCUGCUCACGUACGAGCUGAAGAACUGGAGCAACGCCACCUGCCUGCAGCUGGCGGUGGCGGCCAAGCACCGGGACUUCAUCGCUCACACGUGCAGCCAGAUGCUGCUGACCGACAUGUGGAUGGGACGCCUACGUAUGCGCAAGAACUCGGGCUUGAAGGUCAUCCUGGGCCUGCUGCUGCCGCCGUCCAUCCUUAGCCUGGAGUUCAAGAACAAGGACGAGAUGUCCUACAUGCCCCAGGACCAGCAGGAGUCCUUCCUGCAGGAGAAGGAGGAGGAGGAGCCCGAGAAGCCCGCCAAGGAGAAGGAAGAGGAGGACAUGGAGUUCACAGUAAGGUCAUACUGUGAGGCGCAGUACAACUCCGUGGCCAUGCUGGGUAAGGUCGCCACGGAGACGUCGAGGAAGAAGGACGUGGAGGAGGUGCAGAAGCGACAUCGGCUUAUCCCCAUGGGCCGCAAGAUCUAUGAGUUCUACAACGCCCCCAUCGUCAAGUUCUGGUUCCACACGAUGGCGUACGUGGCCUACCUGAUGCUGUUCAACUACAUCGUUCUGGUGAAGAUGGACCUGUGGCCGUCUCCCCAGGAAUGGAUCGUCAUCGCAUACAUCUUCACCAAUGGCAUCGAGAAGAUGAGAGAGAUCCUGAUGUCGGAGCCGGGGAAGCUGCUGCAGAAGGUGAAGGUGUGGCUGCAGGAGUACUGGAACAUCACCGACCUCAUGGCCAUCCUCAUCUUCUCCGUGGGCAUGGUGCUGCGGCUGCAGGAGCCGCCCUUCAUGAGCUACGGCCGGGUCAUCUACUGCGUCAACAUCAUCUACUGGUACAUCCGGCUGCUGGACAUCUUCGGGGUCAACAAGUACCUGGGGCCCUACGUCAUGAUGAUCGGCAAGAUGAUGAUCGACAUGAUGUACUUUGUGAUCAUCAUGCUGGUGGUGCUGAUGAGUUUCGGGGUGGCGCGUCAGGCCAUCUUAAACCCCAAUGAGGACCCCUCCUGGAUGCUGGCCCGCAACAUCUUCUUCAUGCCCUACUGGAUGAUCUACGGGGAGGUGUUUGCCGAUCAGAUUGACCAUAUGCAUAGUAGGAAGUUACAGCGCAGAAUGAAUGAAAAACUCUGGCUGGUCGAAAAUUACUUUCGAACCCACGGAACCUGGCGUAGUAACGCCCCAUGUGGCAUCAACAUCACGACGGACGACGGCGGGGUGGUGAGGCUGCCACCCUGUAAGACGGGCGCCUGGAUCGUCCCCGCCAUCAUGGCCUGCUACCUGCUGGUGGCCAACAUACUGCUGGUCAACCUGCUCAUCGCCGUCUUCAACAACACGUUCUUCGAAGUGAAGUCUAUCUCCAACCAGGUGUGGAAGUUCCAGCGCUACCAGCUGAUCAUGACCUUCCACGAGCGGCCCGUCCUGCCCCCACCGCUCAUCAUCUUCAGUCACAUGACCAUGGUACUCAAGCACCUGUGCUGCCGCUGGCGCAAGCACGACGACGACGAGCGCGACUACGGCCUGAAGCUCUUCAUCACGGAGGACGAGCUGAAGAAGGUCCAUGACUUCGAGGAGCAGUGCAUCGAGGAGUACUUCAGGGAGAAGGACGACCGCUUCAACUCCUCCAACGACGAGAGGAUCCGAGUCACUUCCGAGAGGGUGGAGAACAUGGCGAUGCGUCUGGAGGAGGUGAACGAGCGCGAGCACUUCAUGAAGGCGUCGCUGCAGACGGUGGACGUCCGGCUGGCGCAGAUGGAGGAGCUGAUCGCGCGCAUCGCCGUGGCGCUGGAGCGCGUGACGGGCGUGGAGCGCGGCGAGGUCAACAAGGUGCGCUCCCGCACCUCGUCCGACUGCACCGACUCGGCUUACGCCCUGCGGCACGCCGAGGGCCCCGACACCGGGUACAUCCUGCGGCAGAGCAGCUUCAACAGCACGGAUGGCAACGCCUACCGCCUGCAGGAGGCGCUGGAGGGCGGCGGCGAGGGCUCCCUGUCCCCGCCCUCGCCCACCGCCGCCGUCACGCGCACCCGGAGCCACUCCUUCUACGUGGGCGGGGGGCGCGGCAGCGGCGGCGAGCCGCAGCACCGCGGGGGCGGGGCCUCAAGGCGCGUCGAGGGCUUCUUCAAGGAGCGCUCGCUGAGCCUGCACCGCGCCAAUAGCUCGCAGUCCGUGUCCUCGGGCGCCGCCCCCAGGGACUCCAAGCCCCUCCCCCUGGCCACGCUGUCGGUGUCCCAGCAGCACCGGCCGUCCUCCUGCAUUGACAUCUACGUGUCGGCCUCGGAGGAGGUGGGGCCCGGCGAGGUGUUCCUGGACCCCCUGCGGACGGCCCCGCCCCUCCGCCGGAACUCCUCCCUCCACUCCGAGAUCAUGGAGGCGGUGUUGUCGGGGGGCAGUGACUACGGCGGCGGCGGCGGCGUGGGAGAGAGGUCCUCGGAGUGCGGGGCCGGCAGCAGCGGCUGUGGGACGGUCGCCACGGGGACGGGCACCGCCUUCGAGGACAGCGCCGCCGCCGACCUGUCCCUGAGCUCCGCCCACCUCCUGCCGGACUCCUCCUCCCUGCCGCCGUGGGAGAUGGACCCGUCGCCGCCGCCAUCGGCCGGGAUGCUGGAGCGCUCCAAGAGCAGCCGCUACCUGUCGGCGGGGGGCGGCGGGGGCUUCCUGGACGAGCCCCAGCUGGUCAAGUCCCACAGCCUUAUGUUCAACCCGCGCGGCGUGUACGGCGGCCUGGGCGCCGGCGUGCAGGUGAAGGCGGCCGAGUACACCAGCAUCACGGACUGCAUCGACACGCGCUGCGUCUCCUCGCCCUACGCCCCCGCUGAGCGCGCCCACUCCCCGGGCGUCUCCACCUCCUUCCCCUUCGACAAGCCCACCCCGGACGGGGGCUCCUCGCACCCCGAGCGCGAGGCCGAGCUGAGCCAGACGGAGUCUGACCCCGAGGACCCCGAGGAGCUGUUGAGGGUCCCCUCCACCCCCCGACCCUGCGGGUCGCCCCUGUACCCGCCCUCCUCCCGGCAGGAGCGGGCCAACAGCUGCUCCUCGGAUGACUCGCACCCCGCCCUGAGCCUGGCCCCCCAGCACAGGAAGAGCCUGUCGGUGAGCGAGAGGAUGGAGCGGGGCGCGGGCCCCGGGGCCGACAGGGGGCCCGCGGGCCGGGGGCCGGCGGGGGCCCGGAACCCCUUCCUCAGGAGCAAGUCCGGGGCCCGCCCGGAGCCUGGCAAGACUGACAGCCUGUCCAUGAGGAAGCUGGCCACGCCCUCGGCGUUCCGCAGCUUCGACAGACAGAACUACACGUGACAACGGGAACGCCGGUCAGCGCAAGAACACACAUACACACAUUCACAGGACCAGGGAGGGUAAAGGUCAGAGGGCACGGCAGGGGUGGCUGACGGGGUGACGGGGUGGGGUUGCUACGGAGGCGGAUGCGGGGCCACGGUUACCAUGGCAGCAGCAGAGAGGUACAACGUGGAGGAAGUGGCAGGAUGUUGCAGACGCCCUACUGGAGACGCAUCCUCACCCGGAAACAGCAGUGCUGGGGGGAGGAGGGGAUGGGGGGGGGGGGUCCUAUUGUACACCAGUCUAAAACAAAGAGCUAUUAACACUACAGUAGUUUUUACCUCCUCUUGUAGCUCAGUAACUAUCCAUGGGGUGUUAAGGCUUUGGAAGGUCUCUGUCUACGUGUCAGUCUUCCACCGUCACCAAUACGUCCAGCCCAAUACUAUGUCACUAUGUUCCAUCUCAUGUCCAUCACGAUGCUAGGUGAGGAACACGUACUGUAACUCCUAGAUUAUUGAUUCCUUAGGAACCGCCAAAGCAGAAGGGGAAGAAACGGGAGAGGAGAGUUAAAUAUACAUAGAAUAAUAUAUAUAUAUAGCCAAAAAUGUGUCCCCUUUCCCCCAGGACUCAAAGGGCAGCAACAUUUGACGCUCCUUAAUAUAAAGUUUUUUGUGUUUUCACCGACCGAGAGCCAAUGCAAAGGAAAGAAAUCUAGCAAUACUUAUUUUGAUAGUGGAAAUGUGUGGGCGGAAUUAGUCAUGUGACUAGGAGUGAUAUUACUGGUGAAUGGAGAGAGGCAUUACAAAGUCAGUGAUAUGUGGGGAAUUAAUAGAAGGGAUUAAGUAGUCUUUUAAAGUAAAAUAUUCUAAAGGGAGUCAUGUGAAUUGUAUUUGUCGAGGGGAAACGUCAAACUUGUCUGUGGCAUUCAAUUUUAAUUGAUUGUAUCUUAAUUUGUCUGAACUAUUUCAAGGAGUCAGAACACAACAGCCAACAUUCAAACAGAAAAUGUCUUCAUUGUCGCAGUUUUGAUUAUUAAAUAAGCUACAAGAGAUGAGAGACCCGAUAGAGUAAGGAGUGCCAGGCCAACAUUAUUCAAGAUACUAUAAGUCUGACUUUACAAUCAGGAAGUCAUCGUCAUCAUUAUAUCUCUAGGCUCAUGAGUUUAUAUUGAAUCCAGUCUGGGAAACAUUAACAAAGAUCUAAAAGAUAUCCCUUGUACAUUGCUGUGUCCAGUAAGCUAUGCUACCCUGUAAUGAAUAUUGACGAUGUAUCUCAUUCAGGAAAGUACAGUAUGGACAAUUUAAUAUUUUAGGGCUAGCCACAAAUACAAGUAACAACAUGUUCCAUCUCUUUAACAUGUUUAGUUUUUGUCUGCAAAUACGCCCUGUUGGCCACAAGGGGGCGGUCUCUGCACAAGAGGCUGGCUGCAAAUGUAGAACCAAAAUCUUUUCAUCCUUUCACUCACUGUAUGUUUCAAUGGUCAAACUCUAGUCAAAGACCACCGGAUCCGUCCUUUGUCUGUUAUGAAAUUGUCAUUUAUUUGAUCAUUCUUUCAUGAAAUCCAUGAUAGUCAGUUAAGACAAAAAAAAACAGGAAAACAUUUUGACUGAAGUUUUGACUGCUAAAUCCAUUUAAAAAGUGCACACUAGUUUCCUGGGAGAGAGAAAGGAAUGCAAAACAUUAAAAUAGUUUUUGCUGCUAAGUAUAUGCAUUAGGUUCAGUCAGGUGUGUGAAAGCUAUUUUAAUUGACCUAUAGAAUCCAUAUCACCACGCACAUCUAUAACUAUCUGAUUGUUUCCUCGUCGUUUCUCUGGAUGAAAAGGUCUAAAAAGAAGGGAAUGACUUUCUAUGAUAGCUUUUUGCAGAAAGGUUGAAAAAGUUUAAUUGAUAGUUUUUAUAUAUAUAAAUAUAUAUAUUUGUGAUUUAUAUUGCAUCAAUUAAUACAAUACAAUCACAUACAUUGCAUUUAUUUUGAGAUUAUUUAUAUUUAAUUACAUAUUUUCUGGCUAUCAUGAAUAAUUAAAUGCCUGUUUGAAUUACUAAUAUGAAUAUUUAAUAUUUAUAUCUUCUCAGUGCUAUUUUUCUCUCAUUUUAACUAUUUUCUAAGUAAGGUUUAUUAUCAAAUUUAAUAUAAAAAGGGAGAGAUACAAGCAGUGAAUGCUGAUGUAUUAAAAGAUUGAUUAAAAUCUGUUAUAUAAAUUGUAGAUUGUACAUUUCAAUCAUAUUUAAGGUGUAAUCCCUUUUUUAUUGUUCCUGUUUUCUGUGUAAUGUAACAGCGGCCGGGCGAGCUGCUCGCUCCCUGCGUUGCCAAACACAGGAUCACAGGGCGACUCCGGGCUCCACUUAGAACACAGGGCUGCAGCACUGACAUGUCUGCUGCAGACGUUAGAGCACAACCACCAGGGUUUUUUGACAUUGCAUGUCAUCAUCGAUCUCUAGUGGAAACAAAACAAGACAAAAAAAAUCGAAAAUGAGGGGGGUUGAUGGCUCAAUGACAACUGUAUUCGACCUUAUUCUAAAAUAUUUAUUUGAAUCGGUGCACUUUGUACUUUUCAAUACGGAUGAAAUCUGGGAUGUGGCUGGGUUCGUAUCUACUUAAACACAACACUGAUGACCACACUACAGGAAAGGGGAAAGGAUUCCAAGAGGCGGGCCCUUCUCUCCGUCAUGCUAUGUGUAUACCACCUAAUUGGCCAGACAGAUUUGCUUCAUCCCUGUCCAUCACGGGAGGUGUCCAAUAAGCUCCUAAAGCUGAUCAAUAUACUCUUAAUGUCCCAGGUACUAAGGAUGAUGUAGCCUGUUAGCUCUCAUAUAUAAUUUGAAAUGUCAAGAACCCAACAAAGACAUUUAGAAUUGUAGUAAAAAGGCUACCAGUAAUCACUGUGCUUUACAACAAAACUGCUUAAGAAAAUCGAUUCAUAUUGUUUUAUGGAAUUUUAAUUGAGGGGAAUGUCUGUCAACAGUAAACUCUGGACAACUAAUUGACAAUAAUAGAUAAUCCUAAACCAAACCAACUACGGUUUACAUAUGUCUACAGUGGGCUUUUGAUCCAAAUUUACCCUUUCACAUUGUGUUAAAAAACGUAACCAAACCGAUUGGAAUGGAGUGGCAGUUGAUUGGCUGAGCCAUUAUCCAAACCUUUGAUUGGCUGAGCCAUUAUCCAAACCUUUGAUUGGCUGAGCCAUUAUCCAAACCUUUGAUUGGCUGAGCCAUUUUCCAAACCUUUGAUUGGCUGAGCCAUUAUCCAAACCUUUCCAAAAGAGACCAGCAGUGACGACCUCUGCUCAGUCGUAAUAAUGAAUAAAACCCAAUUCUCAAGCAUGCAUAGCUGAGUAGUUUACAAAACACUUCAGUUCACUGCUGAAAUGCACUAUUUUAAAGUCCCAUAUUGCAAAGAUAGUUUUGACGAGACACUUAACAGCGAUAGUAAUGACAUGGGAGGUCUUUUUCCCCCUAAACCAUAAUGUUUGAUAAACAAUAUCAAACGUCUUCAUUGCACUUUCUGAACCAACUUGUGCGCAUGACUCAAUGUUUAUGCUUUGGUGUGUGUUGACAUGGCGGCCAUGCGAGGAACAGUGCAAAUCUAGGGGACGUGUGUGUGUUUGUAUGUGUGUGCGUGCGUGCGUGCGUGCAGGCGGUGUGUGUGUGUGUGUGCCUGUGUGUUUGACACGAUACCCACUAACAGAUGAGCAUGACAAUGCAACAUAAAUCCACCCAGAUCCCAAUGUACAGUAUUUCUAUUAUAUUUUCCUACACAGUUGCUUCACUUUUUCUUCUGGAACCAAAUGAGAAUUACGCGUUUAAUCAAACAGGGGACUUCCUCCACAACCGGGGACGAGAAAUUGUUAGUUAAGAAAUCCAUGCACAUGUUUUCUUUUUGUUUUUCCUUUCCUGCAAUAAAUGCUGAUAUUGUUGUUCGCCCAGUGAACAGGAUCCCCCUCCUCCUCCAGAUCUCAAUUAAUUAAAUGUCCUUUAAAUGCAUGCAGUUCUUCCACUGAGGGCAAACAAAACUAUCCUCCUUUAAACGGUGACGAUGGGAAAGGUAGAGGAAUUAUAAAUCACAGUAGUGAGUAUUUUGAUGCAAAUACAAAUCUGUAUUCUUCAAUGUGAAUAGGAUCAUGUCUGGCAUGCAUUGUUAAAUAAAUGAAUAGAUUGGUA